UCCAUUCUUCCAAGUUCCAUCUUCUCACUUAUAUAACCAUCUCUUCAUCCACCCUCUUAAACCAUUACAAGUUUUCUCAUCUUCAUUAGCUUAAUAAAAACUUGAUAAUCUUAACUCUUAAGUUUAGGUUUAAGUGUUUAACCAUGGUUCUUUCUCAAAUUGACUAUUUUUUUGCAGAUGAGACAUCAACUUCUCCCUUGUUUGGUUUCAUAGACCUUUUCCUAGGUUUAACAUAUUUCAAAAGAAUCCACAAGUUUUUCUCAACUUUAUGGUUUUAUCUUUUUUGCCAACUUCAAUAUGAUAGCCCCUCAGAGGUAAGAGUGGAGAAGAAAAUUUCAGAAUCUAAUGAGUCAAAUGCUAGAAGAGAAAGUGGUGAGAGUGAGAUGAUUAUAGAAAGAGAUGAAGUGAAGAUGAUAAUGGAAAGAAUGGGAUUUUCUUGCAGCACAGAAAGUGAGGAGCUUGAUGAAAAGUAUGGUUCCAAGGAGCUUUGUGAAGUGUUUGAGGAGAAUGAGCCAAGCUUGGUGGAAGUGAAGCAAGCUUUUGAUGUUUUUGAUGAGAAUAAAGAUGGCUUUAUUGAUGCAAUGGAGUUGCAAAGAGUUCUUGCUAUUUUGGGAUUGAAGGAAGGGUUAGAGUUUGAGAACUGUGAAAAGAUGAUCCAGAGAUUUGAUGAGAAUCAUGAUGGGAGAAUUGAUUUCAUUGAGUUUGUAAAUAUUAUGAGAAACCAGUUCUGUUGAUUUGUUUGUUCCUUUGUUUAAGGAUGUUCAUUAAUAUAAUAUUAUAUAAUGAGUUUACAGGAAUAAUAUAAAAUUUAAGAAAAUAUUAGUAAUCAUAGCAAUAUUCCUCUUGAAGAGAAUUAGGUGUGUCUAUAACUCUGAUGUAGGAUACUAACACAAAUAUGCAAAGUUGCAAAGUGCAAAUUGAAAUAAAUUAUUUCAUAAGAGCAUGAUGGUUAAAUAAGAGAUUUUGUCCUGUUACCCUUA